UUUCAUCGAGCACAGUCGACCCUGAGAAGUCUCAUCUUUCUCUCUGAAAACAUGAGAGGUGUGACAGCACACUGAAAUACAAACAGACUAAAAGAUAUGUACUUCACAAUUGUACUUUUUUUGUCAGGAGCCGUUUGCAUCUAUGCACAAAGGAGUUGACUCAAGCGAUACUCAACUAUGUAUGACACUGGAUGGUGAAGAAAUCUACUAUGCAGACUUUAAAAAAGGAGAUCUUGUUUGGAAUGGCAGACUGCCUACAAGUUUACAUGUUUCCUGGGCUUACAAAUAUGCAGUACAUAACAGAAUUCAGUGCAAAGGCAAUUUACAGACAUGGAAAACAGACAAGUCAGCUACAACAAAGACUAAAGAACCAGAAAUCAUCAUCUACCCCAGAGAUGAAGUGAUAAAAGAGCAAGAGAACACUCUCAUCUGCUUCAUCAAUCAUUUCUUUCCUCCCUCCAUCAACAUAAAGUGGACCAAGAAUGAUGUAGAAGUAUCAGAGGAAGAUCCUUUCAUCAAAUGCUUACCCAAUCCUGAUGGGACAUUUUAUGUUUUGUCCACCCUGGAUUUUCUCCCAAAGGAAGGAGACAUCUACAGCUGCACUAUGGAGCAUGAGUCACUGGAGACACCUCAGACCAAGUUUUGGGGAGAGAACAAAGAAGCUUAAUGUUUUGUUGUAUCUUAAUAGUCUCUUGAAGGUCUGAUAGAAAUGUAGAAUUCAAUCAGUUGAAAUAACUUGUGUUUUUAGAUUAAAAUUCAUUUCUCUUGUCCUCUCCAGAGGUUGAAACAAAUGAGAUCAGUAUUGGUCCUGCUGUGUUUUGUGGACUUGGCCUGAGACUUCUUGGAGUUGCUGCAGGAGAAUUAUUUUUUGUGAAAGGAAAACAUUAUCUGAGCCUCCUGGAGGCAUAGCGGUGAAGACGUGUACCAUAUCCAGAGCUGUGAUUACAUUGUCCCUGGUUUGUUUCUGGCCUGCAACAUUUGUUUCAUGCCAUUCCCCCCUUUCUGUCUUCACUUGUUUUCUGUCAUAUCUCAAUUGACCCUUUGCUAAGCCCCGCCCCCCUUAGUUACAGUUGCUAAGACUCAAACGGACGUGAAAAAAAUUAAAGAUAGAAGCUAAAGCCUACCACUCACACAGUACAAGUGAACCACCGCAUCCCCCGACGAUUGAGACAAAAGACAACAAUAUUAAGGAUCAACACUGUUCCUAUAAAGCUGGGUAGUCCUCUGUUGUCAUUAAAAAGCAGAACAGAAGGGCUUCAUUACGUUCCAUUGAGUAGGAUGUUAGCUAGCGUUAGCUAACCAUCAUCACAUUAGGAACAAUCCACAGCCGACAUUUUUCUGAAUUUAUUUUUGGUUUUGGAAAGAGAAUAAAUCAUACUUCUCCU